AUGUCGCGUAAAAAACCUGCUAAUACAACUAGACAACCAAGACUGAAUUUACAUUGGAUAGCCCCUCCUAAUGGAACUCUUACUAUUAAUUCUGAUGGUUCUUUUGAUAAUUUUAAUGGAGGAAUUGGACUAAUUAUUUGUGAUUUUGCAGGUCGUUACAAAGGUCCAAGGUGUAUCUAUCUAGCUAAAGCUUCAAGUCCAGAACACGCAAAGUGCAAUGGUUUAUGGGAGGCGGUGAAGUGGCCUAAAGAGAUGAAUUUGCGUAAAGUGCACAUUGAAUUGGACUCAAAGCUGGUGGUGGAGGCAGUGAAUAAUGAUUCUUACAAUAUAGACGGGAGAUUGCAUAAUCUCAUUAGAGAUAUUAGAAUUUCUUUUCAUGAGUUUAGCUCCUGGAACUGUUAUUAUGUUCAAAAGGAGAAGAAUAAAAUAGCCGAUGUUUUGUCCAAGCUAGCUAUUGUAGAUAAGCUAAAUAAAGCUGGAUACAAUAUAUCCUCCUGGUCAGAUAAACAAUCUUCUGGAAGCUGUAAGGAAGAACAUCAUUGCCUAAAAGGGGUUUCAUCACUCUGCUAG